AUGAAUAAAGUCAAUUACAGCAAAUGUCCGCUAAAGAAGCGUCCAAUAAUGACGUUGAAAUAUGAUGUGGAAGAGCAGCAACUGAGGCAGGAGCGUCCAGAAUGCGCGGAUUAUUUGGAUCAAGAUGAAGGACCCGUUGAUCUCAGUCUCGCCGCUAGGGCAGCAGCCAGCCACAAGUCGGAGCUCUCGCCCGCACCACCCGCUUACUACGGCACCAAUGCCUGCAAGUGGGCGGACAGUGCAGAAUCCACACCUCUACCCACACCGCCGCUGACAGAGAAAUCUACAACCGCGUUGACACAAACCAAAGAGGAACUCGCGCGGCGCAUUUGGGAGGAGACGCGUGAGAUUGCGCGUGCAUUUCCCGAUGUGUUCACACGUGAAGAAAUUGCGCGCAGCUUGGCGCGCCUGGGCUAUGGUGAUUUUCCGCUCCCACCAGAAGACGUAGUGUGCGGUAAAGCGGACACGGAGCCUGAGACUGAGCAACAGCGACAACAGCAGUGUCCGCGUUAUGAUGGCAUAACGCCGCCACCACCGUCCGCACUCACCCAGCCUGCUACGCUACCAUUAGAACCAAAUUUUAUGGAGCGUAAGAUAAAACAGGAGAUAUGCGUCGAUAAUUACGCACCUGCGGAAGGUUUCCGAAACUACAAUAAUAAUUUAUUAAAAAGCAUUGCUGAGUACGAGGACUGCCUGGCGCCGCAAACUUAUAGUAUGCAAACAGAGCAGAGACUGCAACAGCAGCAGCGCGCAUCACCCGCAACUUGGCAAACGCAGCAAGAGAAGACUUUCAACUAUGAGCCUGAGCAGCACGAUUUUGAGCCACAAGAUUUGACCGUGAGAAAUGAGCUGCCCGCGCGUCGAGUGCUCGGCGAGAAUAUCAAUCUGCAUAAUGUGGCGCGCGCGCUGCUAAGUAUGCAACAGUCUGCUAGUAAUAAUAGCAACAAUAUAACGCACGCGCCCAGCAUACAGGAGGAGCGACGCCCGGCAGACUCCCCGAAUGAGAGCGGAUUGAAGAUCAAGACCAACAAUGAUCUCUACUAUCAGUGCCAGCAAUGCAACAAAUGUUACUCCACCUACGCUGGUCUAGUGAAGCAUCAGCAAACGCAUGCCUUUGAGAGCACCGAAUACAAGAUCAUUCGCAGCGCUGGCAACGCAGACGCACCGAGCGCGCUAGAAGCAGCUGGCGAAUUUUCCAGCGACAAGGCUGCUGCGCUUAUCCACUCGUCAAGCGUUGCUUCCGCGCAAUCCGCACAAAAGCCAGUUGGGGUGCCGCGCUACCACUGCAAGGAUUGCGGCAAAUCCUACUCCACCUACUCGGGUUUGAGUAAGCAUCAGCAAUUUCACUGCCCCGCCGCCGAAGGUAAUCAAGUGAAAAAGGUGUUCAACUGCAAGAAUUGCGACAAAACCUAUGUGUCGCUCGGCGCGCUCAAGAUGCAUAUACGCACACAUACGCUACCCUGUAAAUGUCCCAUUUGCGGUAAGGCUUUUUCACGCCCUUGGCUACUGCAGGGUCACAUACGCACACACACUGGCGAAAAGCCCUUCAGCUGUCAGCACUGCAAUCGCGCAUUCGCUGACCGUUCGAAUUUGCGCGCGCACAUGCAAACACAUUCGGAUGUGAAAAAGUAUUCGUGUCCGUCGUGCACGAAGUCAUUCUCGCGCAUCUCGCUACUGGGUAAGCAUUUGCAGGGUGGCUGUCAGCAGUCGCCACACUCGGCAUCACCAACAUCGUCUACAGAGAAUUUACUGGUGGCAGCGACGGCGACGGCAACGUCGACUACAAUGCCGGCCGCGGUCAGCGGUGAGAGUGGCUUUAGUCAGCAGCAACUGCAGCAACACAUGCAGCGGCUGCAGCAUAGCGCUUACAACGAUGAAAAUAUGCCCGAAGAGCAACCGCAUCUGCAUGCAGCGCCAGCUUACUACUACGCAGACAGCUUGGGUAGCAGUGGUGGCGACGAAGCGGAGUUGGAUGAAAUGCACUACAGCGCAACAGAGCUGCCGACGCAAGCACAACAGCAGCCAAUAGCGCUGAUGUCGCCGCCUGUGGGUGAAUACUAA